CGAUUUUCACAUUUUGUGCAAAUAAUACCACUAUAUUCCAAAACAAAUUACAGUUUUUCAUUUCAAUUUCAUUGCGAUUUAAAAAUGCACCUCAACCUUUAUACCAUAACAUUGCUUGUCCCCAGGUGUGCUGUUGUUUUGUAUACCUGUAUGAUUAUUGUGUGCCAAUGUUGAUUGCAGUGCUGAUUGAUUUUGUUUUGUUUUUGGUUCUGUAGUUUGUUUUUGUUUUUUUGUUUUGUGUUUAGUUUUGUUUUUACUUAUUUGGUCAUAAAACAUCUUGCCAAAGGACUGCAGUUGAAAAUUAGCCGGCUGGCUAACACUGGCACAUUUACAGUAAUGUUGAUUAAUGUGUGUUGUCCUUAUAAAUAAAGUAAAAAAAGUAAAAAAUAAAAAACAAUCUUUUGUGAUAUACAUUGGUUGAUAUGAAGCAACAAAACAACACUAUUCAGCAUGUUCUAUUCAUAAAUUUUACAAAAUGCACAUCAUUUAAAGUUUAUAUCUACAGUUUGUGACUUAGGGUCUAUUCUGUGUAGAUUCAUUUCUAUUUGGAGACGAAUGUAACGUCUUUCCUCAUGUAAAUUAGAUUUCAUUCAAUAAACAUAUGUUUGCACCAGAUAACUAUUUUAUAAUUAAUGACAGUUGUUACAGGAAAAUGUAAUGUGGUAACCUGGAAGUGGUUACCAAAAUCAUAAUUUUGUGUAUAAAAGCACAACACAAGAUUGCUCCUAUACUGCAGGUUGGCAGUGUUUACAGAUCUUCAAUAUUGAAAAUCUUUUAUUGUUUUAAACUUUUGUUAACAAUUUAAACUUUUACAAAAUAUCAUUAUUCACCACUAAUCUUUAGUGCUAUUUUCCCAGUAAGCAAUAGCCAUCGAUUCACCAUCUAUAUUAACUAUAGACCUAGUCCUGCUAUGAGUAGCCCACCAAAAUAAUGUUGAAUUAUUGGUCCAGAUACAACUCCUGUUUCAGUUUGUAACUGUUUUCUAUAUUUCACAUAUACAUCUUAAAGAUGUUUGUUUAACUUUUUGAUUCAGUUCUAUAUGUUCUGUUGGUUGUAUUUUAUCCCAACUUUAUGUAGUUUUCAAAAACUGAAACAGGAAGUGCUUCUGGACCAGUGUCGUUUAUUGUUUACAUCUUGCAAAAUGGUCUAUAUGUCAUUUUUUGCCUAAAUAACUUGCAAGAUGAUAUUCCAUCAUGUAUACAAAGUCAAAAGCGAUAACAAGAUGUUUGGUUUCAUUUAUUUGUUUAUUUAAUGUCAUUCAUUUUUGUGCUACGGUUAGAUUUUUUCCUGACAGCGCAAAUUUUGCCUUGUUUUAACCUACAUGCCUGGGCUGUUUUUGGAUGGCUAUAAGACAUAUUUUAAAUGCAAAAUUGCUUGCUGGGUUAAAACACUCUGAAGGCCUUUUCUUCUUUUUUUGUUGACCAAAAUAAAAAUGGACAUAUUUGUAUUCAAACUAAUAAUAUUACUUGCAUUUAAAUCUCACUAUAAAGCUUUGCAUGCCAUUUCUCUUUUAUACUAAGCUUUCAGUCCAUCGAUUGAUCCAGUAUGCUGAACCUAGAUCAGCCCAAAAAGGUAAGAUUAGCAAGAACCAACAAACAGCGGCGAAUGCCGAAGCUUCCUGAAGUAAUAGGUGACAAACUGCUGGGGUGAUUAACACCUAUACGUGUGUGUCUGGGAGUAUGGAGGAAGUGUAAAGGGAACCCUUGGCCUCUAAAGUAAAAUGCUCCCCCUUUCCCCAAAUCCUGCGAAUGUUGUUCCUGACACCUCUUUAGGGACGCUGGAAGACAAACUGCAAACCAGGAGAGACAAAAAGAGAGAUCAAAGCCCAACCUAAUGUUUUGACAGAAACACAAAUACACACCUCUGUCCUCUUUGAAGUAACGGAAAGGUAGCCACCUGGGCAAAGUCCAACUAGAUCAUUGGGUUUGUGAGCUACGGACCUCUGGACAAGUCUGUUUGUUGCUCCAGUGUCAUGAUCAUGUAUCUACCAGAGGAACGGACUGUGUCGGACUUUCCUUACCAGAUGAGCCCUUUGACCCACAGCUAUGGAUAUUAUUCACAAGACUGUAAGGAACCUAUUUGCCGAAGUCAGCACAGGAUAAACAGUGCUGAAGCAGAACUAACCUCACUGCCGGUUCAUGUAUCACUGCAAUGUCGUGAGCUUUGGGACAAAUUCAGCAGUAUCGGCACAGAGAUGCUGAUAACUAAAUCUGGCAGGCGGAUGUUUCCCAGCUGCAAAGUAACAGUGACGGGCCUGAAUCCUAAAGUGAAGUACAUGGUGAUAAUGGACAUGGUGCCGUUUGAUAACCACAAGUACAAGUGGAAUAAGGAUCAAUGGGAAGUGGGUGGUUCAAGUGAUCCACACCUCCCCAACCGGUUCUUCAUCCACCCAGAUUCUCCUGCAUCUGGUGAUAAAUGGAUGCAGUAUCCAAUCUCCUUCCACAAGCUCAAACUAACCAACAACACACUCAACUCCAGUGGCCUGGUGGUUCUUCAUUCUAUGCAUAAAUACCAGCCCCGUCUACACAUAGUUCAAUCUCCAGACCCCGGUAACCCUUAUGUGCAUGGCGGUUACCUGCGUUUUACCUUUCCUGAGGCUGCCUUUAUAGCUGUUACAGCCUACCAGAACCAGGAGAUUACAAAACUCAAGAUUGACAACAACCCCUUUGCUAAAGGCUUUCGUGACAAUGGAUUGAACAGGAAAAGGUUUAGAGACAGAGAGCCCCAGGAUUCAAACCAACAAGAAAAACAGAAUUUGAGUUUGACACAAAAGGAGCAAGUAGGACGGCUAAAGGAGGAAGAGCAUGCGGAUGUGACUGUGUCCAGUUCUGUAGACCACAGCUCUUCAGUGAAUUCUUCAGACGGGACGCUUUCCUCUAACGCGGUCAAUCCGUUUAUAUCAGCAUUCAUAAACCCAAGCCCUGCUGGAUCACCUUUACCCCAUCAAACACACACAAUACUCAGCCUCAGUAACAGAAACUUGAACAGUCCCAAUUGCAUCAGACCCUCUAGCCUUCAAAAUCUCCAUACGGCUCUGCCCAUGGUUCAAAGUUCCUGUACCCAGUCCUCUACAGUAGAGAGCAAUCUCAACAGACUUCCAUCUCAGCUCAGCAGUCCUCUAAUCCCUCAUCAUUACCACCACAGUCCCGUCACUCAAACUCCAUGCAGAUCCAUCAUCCAUCCCAUCCAAGCCCAAAAUCCUCAGCUCCAGCCUUAUUUUCAGACCCCUCCCCAUAACACCCGGCAAUGUCCUGAAGUGGACCUCCAACUCUCUCUUCCUCCCAAACUUAGCCGGAUGCAACUACCUGAAAGUGCGCUCAAGAACCUGGAGAUGACGCCUGCUCACUUCAGGCCCCUAACCAACAUCCUCAACCGGAUCCAGAUUCGAGCCUCUGAGAAGGUCAUACAAAAUUUCUCCCAACACGAGCAGUACCCCAGAGAGACAGAAAGGGAGCUUCGUCCACAGAUUUAUCCAGAUGUUCAGGAGUACAUUGGUCAGCAAUUUGCAUUAAAUGGCAUGCAAGCUCAACAAGCAAGAGACAAUCAGGAUGAUCACAGAUUACAAAUGGACUUUUCCAAUGCAAGACAAGCCCUUGAAUACUACAAACAGCAUAAUGGGAAAUAAGUUUUUUUUCUUCAGUUAUUAACCAAAUAAUGUUGUCACAUGUUUGUUGUAAUGUUGUAAAUAAUGUUUGUUGCUGUUUUACCAGAAGUUUGCAUUCUGCGUCAAUUUUUCAGCCAAAGUAUGUAAAUAUAGUUUUCUGUGGCAUCUGAGCUUGUUGCUUGCUUUAAGUUAAAGGAAUAGUCCAUUUUCUUAAAAGAAAAAUCCAGAUAAUUUACUCACCACCAUGUCAUCCAAAAUGUUGAUGUCUUUCUUUGUUCAGUCGAGAAGAAAUUAUGUUUU